AUGUCUCAGGCCACCCCAACAACCUCCGCCCUAACUCUCUCCCUUCUCACCAGUCUCGGCGGAAUAAUCGGCUAUUCGCGCACCGGCUCAGUCCCCUCCAUAAUCGCCGGUUUAUCCGUCGGGACUCUCUAUCUGUUUUCCUUCCUCCGAUUGCGCAGCGGCCAAACAUACGGCGAGGAGAUCGGCCUUCUCGCAUCUGUUGUGCUGGGCGGUGCAUCGAUUCCGAGGGCGAUUCGGCUGAGGAAACUUGUACCGGUUGUUCUGAGUUUUCUAGCGAUCUAUGGUAUUGUGGUUUUUGGGGGAGCGGUUAGGAGAAAGGUUUAA